AUGGUAAAAAGUCAAAUAGGAGUACGUGGAGGUUAUUAUUUUCCUUUAAUAUUUACUAUAUUUAACUUUAUAUUAAUAGCUAAUUUAAUAAGUAUGAUACCUUAUUCAUUUGCUAUAUCAGCUCAAUUAGUUGCUAUUUUAUCAUUUAGUUUAACUUUAUGA